GUAAUGACCUAAAGACAACCUUCCAAAAAAUCUCUCUGUUUGUCUCCCCAUGAGGUCAGACUGACAGGAAAGAGCGUAAAGAGUCAGGCCUACAUGAAUGAUGCCACAACAACUGGCACCAACAAUGGCAAGAAUGUUUCUCACCAAUAGCUGAUGCCGCACAGGCGCUGACAUCAUAUCACUCCCUCAUCUCUCUCUUUUCUCCCCCCUCUUCUCUUUAUUCCAGCCCCACCCGUUCCAUUCCAUUAGCAAGUCGCUCCGUGUCUCUGUGUUAUUUAAAGCCAGCGAUCCUCCCUCUCACCGAGCCACUGUGUUGCAUCUGUCUGCCUCUUCGCUUGUGUGUCCGGGUGUGUGUGAGUGUGAGUGUGUACAUGUGUAUGCGCAAAGAAGGGAAGAAACCAGGCAGCCAGUGGGAGAGCUAGAGAACAGUGAGAGAGAGGGAGGGAGAGAGAGAGAGAGGGAGAGAGAGAGAAACACUGGGGGGAAAGGCAAACAGCAUCAGAGCAGAAAGGCACGAGGACCGGGACUGUGAGUGAGACAGCAAUGAAAUUCAUCCAGGCUUUUUGCUUACUGCUCCUCUGUCCAGCUCUGAGCUUCAAAACCAGACAAAGCUAUGACGGGCUGGAAAAGAAGCUAAAGGAAGUCUUCAGUGAACGAAGCAGCAUCUUGCACCAGCUCUCCAAGACAUCAAAAGAGUUGGACAACAUAAAAGGCAACCUUCAGUCACUGAAAAACGAUGAGUCAGUGGCUAAGACGGAUGUUCAGAAGAUCCUGGAUCUGAGCCACAAACAGAGGGAGGAGAUGAAGUCCCUCCAGGCAGCCUUGCAGAAGCAGCUGGAUGAGGCGAAUGAAAGAGCAGAGAAGCAGCAGGCGACGAUUAAAUUUCUCAAAGUGGAGAUGGAGAAAAAAACCAAGAUCAUCAAGGAUUUACAGCAAGAGAACAAGAGCCUGAAAACUAAAUUACUUUCAGGAAACAAGCUCUGUGACGCCUACGCUGAAGAGUCCAAAAAAAUCCAGGCUCAACUGAAAGAACUGCGGUACGGGAAAAAGGAUUUAAUUUUUAAGGGUCAGCAGCUAAUGGACUUGGAACACAAGUUAGCUGUAGCCAAGGAAGAAUUAGAGAAGACGGCACUGGAUAAGGAGUCUCAGCUGAAGGCUCUGAAGGACACGGUUCACAUCUGCUUCUCUGCUGUCCUGCAAAACCAGCCCAACAGCCCUCACAGAUUCCCUGCUGCUCCUGCCCACUUGUUCAGAUACUCAUCGCUCAUCAACAACUCCAGAGUCACCUUUCAGCAACCACACGCCAAGGACAUCUCAAGGGUUCAGAGAAUCGCCACAGACGGUAAAUCAGCCGUAAACACCGGCGCCAUGAGGAGAGAGCGUGACGGCAUUAAGGAGUGCCAGAUUGAAAAGCCUGGGGUGGAGUGUUUCCAGAAUCAGACGGAGAAAUCAGCACCAGAGAGUAAAAGCCCAACAGAGCAGCAGCAGGUGAAUAUCACUUCCAUGCACAUGAGCCAGGUGCAAGCUGGACGAAACGCCACCGAGCUCUCGGGCGACAGCACGGAGGCAGAAGGAGGCGGCAGCAGAAAGACAAAGCCACAUAAACUCAACUGAGCGGACGACGACACAUCCAAAAUACGACGCCCCCGCGUGGCCUGAAGGAUCUUUCUAAGAGCACACACGGGCGCACUCUCACAAAAAACAAUGUGCGCCCACAGACACUCACACACAAACACGCAGGUUUGAACACGCACACACGGCUACACAUACACAUAUCAGCAUUGUUUGCGGAAGUUGAGAAACUGGAAGUGUUUAAACUUCAAAAUGUCAUCUUAAAAAAAAAUCUUCAUAGUAAAAUGGCAUGCAUUCUAGAAGUUUUUUUUUUUUUAAAAAAAGGUAGCAACGGCACUGACUACUUGUUUCAUGAUCGUUCUUUUGGUUGUUUUACUUAUAUUGACUUUUACUCAGAGUGAAAACACUGCUUUCUAAAUGUGUGAUCUUUCUAGAAAAAUCCCUUUGCACUGUUGAGGUCUGACACUGUAUCCUGUGAUAAGUAUAAAUCAGUUGACAAAUAAAAAUACCCCAUACUUCUACUGCUAUAACUACUACUACUACUACUACUACUACUACUACUACUCUUACCCAACUUAGACUAUUGUUUGUCACUCAUCGUAGCACGGUUAAUUUACUCCUCCACAGUUUUGAAAUAUAGAGGCUCAAGUUGGCUGGCCAACUGUUCAACGUUUAAUAUUUCAGCACUCUUUCUGCCUUUAACACUCCAGAGGCAAAGAGCCAAAGACUCACAAUGGGUCGUCUCCCUGAGAAUGUGCCAUGCACUGAGUAGUAACUCCUAGCUACAUGUUCCCGUGUUAUCUGACCUUUUCCGUGUCCUUUCAAUAAACUGUAAUUUUCAGUAAAUGUGUGAAGAAUAAAUGGUUAUUUGUUGGGACAAAA